AUGGUUCUCGUCGAAGACGUGUCAACAAAUUCGGAUUCAUCUCCAAAUCAAAAUACAGAUAAUGAAGCAUCAGCGUCUGCAUCAGCAUCUGCAUCUACUGCGCCACGCCGUCCACCACCAUCUCAAUCUUCACCCUCGUUCAUUAAUGCUCUACUUGAACGUAAGACAGACGCUGUUCUCUUAUUAUCGCGUUUAGCAACAAUUUUCUUCACAAUCAUGUUUAUUUUGCCUUUUUUUCGUUCGGAAUCGAAUGUCUAUUAUUCAAAAGCAUUGUUAGCAGCGAUUGUCACUUCAAUUCUGCGUCUUCGUCAAAGAAUACCUCGUUUCACAUUGUCACGAGAGUUUUUCUUCUACUUAUUUCGUGAGGAUAGCGCACAUUACUUGAUGUAUUCAUUUUUAUUCUUGAGUGGAACACCGAUGACAAUCGUACUUAUACCAAUUGCAACCUAUGCUGUUCUACACUCUUGUUCGUUUCUACCACAGAUCCUAACAAAUUUUCCAGCAAUACAACAACUAUGCACACGUGUUACUACAAACCAGAUCAGUCUGCUUCAAUUUAUUGCCUUAAAUGAAAUUUUACUCAUGCCUGUCCUAAUCAUUUCAAUAUUUGUCGCACGUUCCAACUUUCUCUUAAUUUUCAUGUAUUAUCGCUUUCUUACUCUACGUUAUACAUCGCAGAGAAAUCCAUAUACUCGUACAACCUUUACCGAACUUCGUCUAGCUAUUGAAAAUCUAUGUAGCAGACCAGCGUGUCCACCAUUCGUCGCUCGACUUUGUCACAAUACAAUUGCCUUUGUCAAUCGAUUAGCUCCAGCAAUGUCUUGA